AUGCAAAAGAUGGCGGAGGCAUCAAAUUCGGCAGCAGCAACAUGCUACAACAAAGCAUCCUCGGUCGAUGAGGAGGGCGGCGGUGUUCACGUGGAAACCCGGAAAACACCACCGACUGAUCAAGACGAUAUUGUGUACAGAAUGAACAACCUUGAUCCUCCAGUGACCCCAGAAGAAAUAAAGAGGGUGAGAAGGAAAAUCGAUAUGCGCCUGCCUCCGUUUUUGCUUGUUCUAUACAUGUUUACUUGGCUUGACCGCGGAGCUCUGGGAAACGCAGCUUUGAUGAACAUUAGAGAGGAUCUUGGAUUUUCCAGCAGGCAGUUCUCUUUGGCAGUUAGCAUCUUUUUCGUGGGGACUUGCAUUGCCGACUUGUUUACAAACAUAGGCAUGCGAUACAUCCGACCGUCUCUGUACCUAGCAACCGCAAUGAUCAUUUGGGGAAUUUUCGCAACACUGCAGGCUGUUGCGGGUGGCCCAGGGGGCAUGUACGCCAUUCGGCUGUUCCUAGGAAUAUUUGAAGCUGCGUUUAUCUCCGGUGCUCCGUAUCUCACCACAGUUCUCUACCCCAGAGCGGAAUGGGGCCGUCGGAUAAGUAUCUACCUCUCCGCAACGCCUCUGGCCGGUGCGUUUGGUGGAUGGGUUGCCUACGGGGUCUCGAAUAUUCCCAAUCCACGUGUAAAGCAUUGGCAGGCUCUCUUCCUGAUUGAGGGCCUUCUCACUAUACUUUUCGGUGUUCUCUGCAUCUGGGUUUUGCCUGAUCGCCCACACAACACCAAAUGGCUUACCCCUCGCGAACGAGAUGUUGCAACUUGGCGUAUGAUGAACGAUGGCAACCGUACGCAUGGCAAGAUUAAUUGGAAAACCACAAUCAAUCAGCUGUAUGACUGGCGGCUAUGGAUGAACAUUGCCAUAUACAUGGGACAGGUCCUCCAGACUUACACGAUCGCAACUUUCACGCCCAUCAUCGUCGCGACAUUUGGGUACGACAAUGUUAAAGCGCAACUAAUGACAGCGCCUCCGUAUUGUGUCGCUUUCGUGAUGGUAUUCGUGGUCGGCUACGCAAGUGACCGGUUGAAGUCGUGCUCGGGGCUGUUGGUCAUCUGCUCGAUGGUAGCAGCUACCGGUGACCUUCUGCUGGCAGUUUUACCACACACAGCAGCAAAUGCACGGUACGGGGCUACUUUCUUGAUUUUGUCAGGCAUCCUUUCAGGCGUCACACUAAGUGUAGGAAAUAUCACAAGUAACUGUUGCGGGGAUAUCAAAAAGGGCAUUGCAUCUGGGUUGUUUCAGUCUUUUGGGAGCACAAUGGGUAUUGCUACUGGAUACCUCUUUCCAUCAACAGAUGGCCCAUCCUAUAAGACGGGAUUCUGGACAUUGUUCGCCGCCACCUGCUGGACUGGUAUUGGUAGUGCAUUUAUGACUUUCAUGACAAUCAGGGAGAACCGUAGAAGGGAUCAAGAAUUUGGAAAACCCCCCGAAGGAAUUAUCAUAGAUUUCGAAGAAGACGGCCAGAUGGAGAAGCACAGGUACUGGAGGUACUAUCGCUGA